AUGGUUUCCGCAUUUAUGAGUCGGGAUCAUGCGAUCUACGAACCUCUCGCGCUCAUUUUAUGGGACGAGAGGGCCGGAAAACAAGCAGGCAUCAUCAGCGCCUCGACAUCAGUUCGAGGGGCCAAGAUGUCCAGCAAGCGACUCGUCCUGGUUUUGAUGGACCGAGUGCAAGUCUACCAAACCGCCAAACCCCACCCGCUGCUUUCCACAUACGAGACGACCGACAACCCUCUAGGUCUGUGCUGUCUCUCCUCGGAACGCAUUGCCUUCCCCGGCAGGGCGACCGGUCACGUCCAGCUCGUGGAGAUUUCAACUGGCAAUGUCAGCAUCAUAACCGCGCACACGUCGGCGCUGCGGGCGAUGGCUUUGAGCCAGGAUGGGGAGUUGCUGGCCACGGCGAGCGAGUUGGGAACCAUCAUCCGAGUCUACGCAACAUCCAACUGUGCUCGACUGCACGAGUUGAGACGAGGCAUCGACAAAGCCAUCAUCUUCUCCAUCGGAUUCAGUCCCUCGGGCAAGUAUCUAGCCUGCACAUCCGAUAAAUCGACACUUCACGUCUUCGACGUGACUCGUCCCGGCGGCAGCAGCGGUACGAGACCGACCACCAGCAACGGCGGCACUACCGCUGCCGGCGGCGAACCUUCAGCCACGGGUAACAAUCGACCCUCCAGCCCCUAUUCAGUCGCAUCGAGCAGUGGCGGCGGUGGUGUCAUGGUCAAUGGCACCAUCGGCGGUUCAGACAUGACCGCUGACGACGGCGGCCAAGGUCGCUGGGGCUUCCUCUCCAAACUCCCCCUCAUGCCGCGCAUCUUCUCAGACCCGUACUCCUUUGCCUCGGCCAAGUUCGAGAUGGCCGACGAGCCCGUGUCCAACGGCAGCCGCGAGCCGGUGGGCGGCAUCAUCGGGGGCCCGCUCAAGGGCAACCUGGGCUGGAUCAGCGAGACCGAGAUGGUGGUGAUUGGGGCCGGGAGGGACCCCAAGUGGGAGAAGUUUGCGAUUCAGGAGGGUGGGCAGCAGGAUGGGUACCAGGGUGGAGGACGUCGGCUGGUCAGGGUUGGCUGGAAGAGGUAUGGUGGGGAGACGCCUUAG